UCUUCUGUGGAAAAAAAAAAAGAGUCUGACUCUCAGCCCAGAGAAGAUGCUGCUGCUGACAAGACAUCGCUGUUUUUAUCAUGUUCGCACAAGAACGGCCACUAUGUAGUGGAAUUGUUUUCUCUGUAACUCCGGGACGCCUCGGUUUAGCCGUUUGACAUGUUUAAGAAACAGCGGAGUCAGUAAAAGAGGAAAGGAGCGCCAGCGGAGCUCCGGGAUGUGGCCUUUCUGAAAGCUGCAGCUAGCUGUUAUGCUAGCAUGACGAACGGCGUACGGGCUCGUAUGAACAUAAACAAAUCAAUGGUGGAGGAAAGACGAAGGACACAUCUGCGCUUUUCUCCUCUUUUUAUGAGCUGAAGCAAAAAAGAGACAGUUCGCCACGCGUUUUGCCAGCUAUGUCAACAUUAUGAACCUGAAAAAAUCCCGAAGUGUUGGAGCGUCCUCUCCUUUGAAUGGCCUCGGAAAACAAGAUGCUGAGUCGAGGAAGAAGAGGAAGAUGGCAGAGAUCUCACAGGCUCUCAGUAUGACUCCUGUUGAUGUGGCUGCACUGAGAAGGAUGGCCAUCAGCGAAGGAGGACUGCUGACUGACGAAAUCCGAUGCAAAGUCUGGCCCAGGCUUCUAAAUGUGCCCGUAGACAGCAUACCUGAAAAACUUGAUGAGGUGGAGAGAGAGAAUAAUAAAGACUACAACCAAGUGCUCUUGGAUGUGCAGAGGUCCCUGAGACGCUUUCCUCCAGGGAUGCCUGAUGAGCAGAGGGAAGGUCUGCAGGAGGAGCUGAUUGACAUCAUUCUGCGGGUGCUGCAGAAAAACCCCCAGCUGCACUAUUACCAGGGCUAUCACGACAUCGUGGUCACUUUUCUGCUGGUCCUGGGCGAGCGCCUUGCCACUGCCCUGGUGGAGAAGCUCUCCACACAUCAUCUCAGGGACUUUAUGGACCCCACCAUGGACAACACAAAACACAUACUGAACUACCUUAUGCCAAUUAUAGAGCGAGUCAACCCAGAGGUGUAUGACUUCAUGCAACAAGCGGAGGUGGGCACCAUCUUCGCCCUAAGCUGGCUCAUCACCUGGUUUGGACACGUGUUAUCAGAUUUUCGGCAUGUGGUGCGGUUGUACGAUUUCUUCCUGGCCUGCCAUCCUUUGAUGCCAAUUUAUUUUGCUGCUGUGAUCGUGCUCUAUCGGGAGGAGGAGGUGUUGGACUGUGAGUGUGAUAUGGCGAUGCUGCACCACCUGCUGUCUCAGAUCCCUCAGGACCUGCCCUAUGAAACGCUCAUCAGCCGCGCUGGAGACCUCUUCGUCCAGUUCCCACCAUCCGAGCUGGCCAAGGAAGCAGCUCAGCAACGCAGUGAGCAAACCGCCGCCUCUACCUUCAAAGACUUUGAGUUGGCCUCAGCCCAGCAGCGGCCUGACGCGGUGCUCCGGCGGAGGAGGAAAGAGCAGCAGCAGCAGGCUCCAGUCGAGGCUCAGAGGGGCACCAUGGCUGUGGUCCAGCCCACCGCCCGCCGCUUCGUCAGACUGGCCGUCAUGGGCCUAACCGUGGCCUUGGGAGCCGCCGCCUUAGCUGUAGUGAACUCUGCUCUGGAGUGGGCCCCUAAACUCGACCUCCUUUUCCCUUGAGCGAAGGAGUCGGCUGAAUGACCCCUCUCCCUGAGGACUUUAGGAGGGGCUGUUUGCAAAACAUUUUUGUGUCUUUUC